GUGUCAUUGUGAAUCCGAGGUACAUUGAAUGCGGCGUGAGUCGAAGUGUACUGUCGCCAUAGUAACCUGGCGUCUGGACGGAGGUCUGUUUUAAGUUGUCGGCUACGUUCUAUGGAGCUUUGUAGCUGUUUAUAAACGACGGACAAUUAUAGACGAUUAUUGUAACAACAAUGUCUGAUUGUUUGUAUACAACACAUAAUCAACACAUGUUGCUAAAUUAAGUUAGCUUCCCAAGUUGUCGCUACUUUGCUAACAACAAGGGGCUAAUGCUAAUGCUAGCUGGAUAUGUCCAGCAAUAACCCCCCGCCGGCACGCCACCUGCCACAGUGGAGCCGAGUCGGGCGUCUCGGAAUGCCGUGCCCGCCUCGACGUUUACCGGCGAACCGACUGCAGCCGCUGCAUGUCGCCCCGCAGGGAGACAGAGGAGGGCCGAAGACAACGACAGCAGCGGUCGGUCACGGCGACGCAAACCGCCGCGUCGCGUCACUCCAGAAGAACAUUGAGUUUUUACAGCAACAACACAAGCAAACUCUGGUUAAACUUCACGAAGAAGUGGAAUAUCUUCGAAGGGAGAACAAAGGCUUCUUUCUUCUCCACAAUGAACGCCUGAUGUCCCUCUUUCUUGUGGAUGUUGCAGAGUUGAAAUAUAAGAUGAUCAUGGACGCUCCCAAGUCAAAUAAAAAAGGUCAGAAAAACAGUCACGUCGGUUUUGGUACAGAAACUCAAGCAAAAGGACCCUCACAGUACCAUAUGCAAAGUGUGGGAGGUUGCAGAGAAACUCUAGGACCCUUCAGACCUAAACGUGGCUCAGGUACGUCGGGGGCACAGCCUCGACAACUUCACACCAAUCCAUCAUCCCAUCCACCGCACGCUUCCAACCUGCGGGAUUGUGAGCUCAUCAUCCAGCAGCUCUACAGCACCAACAGUUUACAGUCUCAAGAAAUUGUGCGCUACAAGGCUUUGCUGACAGAUAUUGUACUCAACAAGAAAAUCACCCCAGAAAACUACAACCUGACCAAAGAAUACCUCAUUGACAGUACCAGCAAAUUUUCAGACAGCAACAGGUUUCCUAAACUGGGUCUGCAAACAGCAAAAACGACUGGUGUGACCCUGCCAGCGCUCACUCAAAGCAUUAGCUCCACCAUGGCAGAGCGCCAGAGGAGGGCUCGUGCUGUGCACAGAGGCCAUGUCAAGGCCACAGUGCGUUGAGAAGACAACAGACCAUCAUCACCCCUCAGCACCAACCACCUUCAAGAUGGCUAAGAGACAUCCUGGAUGAAAACCAACGCUUCCCAUCCAACCUAUGGAGCUUGAGAGGUGCUGCAAAGAGGAAUGAGGGAAACUGCCCAAAGAUAGGUGUGCCAAGCUUGUGGCAUCAUAUUCAAAAAGACUUGAGGCUGUAAUUUCUGCCAACGGUGCAUCAACUAAGUAUGUCAAUGGGAUGUUUUCAUGUUUUUAUUUUAAUUAAAUUUGCAAAACGUUUUUAAAAAACCUUUACAAAUUGUCAUUAUGGAGUAUUGUCUACAGAAUUGUGAGGACAAAAACAAAUGUAUUCCAUUUUGAAAUAAGGCUGUAAUAUAACAUGUGGAAAAAGUGCUGUGAAUACUUUCCGGGUGCACUGUUGAUAUUUACUGAUGUUACAACUUGGAAAACCUGUCACGGCCCGGGCGCACCUCAGUGCUGUGCGCUGCGCUGGGUGCACCUGCAAGAGCGC